AAGAAAAACAACAAAGCACUCUUACUGAGUGGUGCUUUGCUCAAGAAAAUAAUAGAAAACCGGAUUCUCAGAGACAAAAAUCCGUCCCAAGCGCAACUGCAGAGUAUAAUCUGUUGGAUGAUGGUGGUGACACAGUACUUAAUCAAAUGACUGAAAAAGAUGCAAAUUGUCUUGAACCGUGGCUGAUAAAAGAAAUGGAUUCUUGUCUUUCUGACAUCUGGUUGCAUAGAGAUGUUGAUUCCUUCGCUCAGGUGUUCCAUCUCAUUUUAACUGAAAAUGUCAGUGUUGAUUAUAGGCACAGUGAAACCAGUGUGACUGCACUAAUGAUUGCUUCAGGGAGAGGCUUUCUGAGUCAAGUAGAAGAACUCAUCAGUAUGGGAGCAAAUAUCCACUGCAGAUCAUCCAAUGGCUGGAUGGCUUUGGACUGGGCUAAGCAUUUUGGACAGGCAGAGGUUGUUGAUCUGUUGGAGUCCUACAGUGCUUCAAUGGAAAUUGGAAAUUUGGAUGAAAGUUCCCUGGUCCAAACAAGUGGUAAUGACCUGGAUGCAGAGGACAGAGAUCUGUUGAAAGCUUAUCAUCACAGUUUUGAUGAUGAAAAAGUGGAUCUGGACCUGAUUAUGCACUUACUUUAUAACAUCUGUUGUAAUUCGGAUGCGGGAGCGAUUUUAAUAUUUCUUCCUGGAUAUGACGAGAUAGUUAAGCUGAGGGACCGUAUUCUUUUUGAUGACAAGAGGUUUGCUGAUAAUGCUCACAGAUACCAAGUUUUCAUGCUUCAUUCAAAUAUGCAGACUUUUGAUCAGAAGAAGGUGCUUAAAGUUCCACAUUCUGGCAUCCGCAAAAUAAUUCUUUCUACUAAUAUUGCAGAAACCAGCUUAACAGUCAAUGAUGUUGUAUUUGUUAUUGACUCAGGCAAGAUGAAAGAGAAGUCUUACGAUGCACUGAGUUGUGUUACAAUGCUAAAAAUGGUGUGGAUUUCAAAAGCCAGUGCUACCCAGAGAAAAGGCAGGGCUGGACGAUGUCAGCCUGGAGUCUGUUUUCAUCUCUUCAGCAGGCUCCGAUUUCAGAGUAUGUUGGAAUAUCAGACUCCAGAACUUUUAAGAAUGCCACUUCAGGAGCUUUGUUUACACACAAAACUUCUGGCUCCAAUUAACUGCCCAAUUGUUGACUUUCUUAUGAAAGCUCCUGAUCCUCCACCAGCUUUAAUUGUGAGAAAUGCUGUGCAAAUGCUCAAGACCAUAGAUGCCAUGGACCCUUGGGAAGAUCUGACUGAACUUGGUUAUCAUCUCACUGAGUUACCAGUAGAGCCCCACCUUGGUAAAAUGGUGUUGUGUGCUGUUCUGUUGAAGUGCCUGGAUCCUAUCCUUACUAUUGCUUGCACUCUUGCAUAUCGAGACCCUUUUGUCCUACCUACGGUGGCCUCUCAGAAGCGUGCAGCCAUGCUGUGUAGAAAACGUUUUACUGCAGGAACAUUUAGUGACCAUAUGGCGCUUCUCAGGGCUUUCCAGGCGUGGCAGAAGGCGCGCAGUGACGGCUGGGAGAGAACCUUCUGUGAAAAGAACUUCCUGUCUCAAGCCACCAUGGAAAUCAUCACAGGCAUGAGAACGCAGUUGCUUGGCCAGCUUAGAGCCUCCGGUUUUGUUAGAGCCAGAGGAGGAGCCGAUAUUAGAGAUGUUAAUAGUAACUCCGAAAACUGGGCUGUAGUUAAAGCUGCCUUAGUGGCUGGAAUGUAUCCCAAUCUAGUGCAUGUAGACAGAGAAAACCUGGUUUUGACUGGACCAAAGGAGAAGAAAGUGCGAUUUCAUCCUACCUCUGUUCUUAGUCAACCUCAGAAUAGAAAGAUUCCCCCAGCAAAUGGGCAAGCUGCAGCUGUUCAGGCACUCCCUACAAAUUGGCUUAUAUAUGAUGAAAUGACGAGAGCUCACAGGAUAGCAAAUAUCAGAUGCUGUUCUGUUGUAACACCUGUCACUGUGGCACUCUUCUGUGGACCAGCUAGAUUACCAAAUAAUGCUUUGCAGGAACCUUCAUCCUUUCGAGGGAAUAGGGUGCGUAAUGAUGGCAGUGAUAGUGAGGUGGAGGACGAAACAAUUGCCAAUUUGGCACUGCUGGAGCUAGAUGAAUGGCUCCAUCUCAGACUGGACCCUGAGGCUGCUGUUUUGUUGUUGCAACUCAGACAGAAGUGGCAUAGCUUAUUUCUGCGUCACAUGCGAGCUCCUUCUAAACCGUGGUCUGAAGCUGAUGAAGCAACUGUAAAAAUAAUUGCUCAUGUUCUCAGUAGUGAAGAACAUUCUGCAGGUUUGCAGCAGCCUUCAGGUAUUGGUCAGAGGCCAAGACCUAUGACUUCUGAAGAACAUCCCUUGGCAUCGAUAUGGAGGUCAGCCAACAGUCGAAAAAGCUCGGCAGAAACUGAAUUCUCUGACGACUCCUCUAAUGCUGAAAAAGUUUUAAUGAAACCUGCACCUCCCGCAGCUCACCAGCCAAGGUACAAAGGAAAAAAGAGCUUGCGCUCCAAACAACCUUCAGAUGACAGGUCAGAUCAACCAUCAGUGAAGUCUACAGACAGCAGCAGCUAUCCUAGCCCCUGUGCUAGUCCUUCUUCUCCAGUGUCUGGAAAGGAUUCCAAGUCUCCUUCACCAAGACCAAAUACGCCAGUUCGAUACUUUAUAAUGAAAAGUAGCAACUUGCAAAACAUUGAUAUUUCUCAACAGAAGGGUAUAUGGUCUACUAUGCCAAGUAAUGAACAAAAGCUAAAUCAAGCCUUUUGGGAGAGCAGCAUGGUUUACUUAAUAUUUUCUGUUCAAGGGUCUGGACACUUUCAG